AUGCAGCUAUAUCACUCAGGCAGCUGCAUUAAAACUGGUAGAAUUGCCAUCAAAAGAGGAAUUUUCCAAGGCGACUCCUUGUCGCCACUGCUAUUUUGUUUGUCGCUGGUUCCCCUGACCAACAUACUAACUAGCGACAACCUAGGAUAUGUAAUGCACAAAGAGCACAGAGUCAGCCACCUACUAUACAUGGAUGACUUGAAGCUCUUCGCAAAGGAUGACGGUCAACUGGAUCAAGAGCUCGGCAUAGUCAAGACAUUCAGCGAUGACAUUCAGAUGGAGUUCGGACUUGAGAAGUGUUCUAAAGCAACUAUCAGGAAAGGCAAACUUGUAUCAGGGCCAAACGCUAAGCUGAAGGUCGAAACCGAGAUCCGGAACCUUGAUCAGGAAGAAGUCUACAAGUACCUCGGAGUAGACCAGAGCGACGGAAUACAGCACAGUCUCAUGAAGGAGAAGAUCCGGAAAGAGUAUUACCGUCGGGUCAGACUCAUCCUCGACACUGAACUUAACGCCAAGAACAAGAUGCACGCAAUAAACAGCUUAGCCGUGCCAGUGCCGCAGUACAGCUUUGGGAUCAUCGACUGGAGAGAAAUAGAGAUCCAGGAAAUGGACAGGAAGACCCGGAAACUACUAACAAAGUACGGAGUCCUGCAUCCGAAGGCUGACAAAGACCGCAUCUAUAUCCCUAGAAGCAGUGGUGGCCGUGGACUCAUCGAGCUGGAAAGUGCAUACAAGAGCGCGAUCGUCGGCCUAAGCGAGUACAUCAAGCGAGGAGAUGACAAGUAUACCAGACUCGUAAAGAGACAUGAAUCAGAGAAGAGGAAAUACUCUCUUGUCAACAAAGGCGAUGAAUUCAAGAAGAAGUAUAUACCGCCCCAGCCGGGAGCCCAGUCAACACAGCCAAGUUUGCAAACCAUCAAGCAACAGAUGAAGGAAGCAUUGGCUGACGAGAAAAUCAACACCUACUCGUCGAAGCCUCUCCACGGUCAAUUCUACAGUCAAACAUUUGAGAAUUACGUAGUUAGAAAAUUGACCUUUGGAUGGCUUCGGAGCUCUGGGCUCAAUGGACAGACAGAGAGUCUCCUUACGGCAGCACAAGAUCAGGCGCUGAACACCAGAUACCAUCAGAGGAAGAUCUUGAAGAUGGAGGUGGACAGCAAAUGCAGACUUUGCCAGCAGCAAGAAGAGCAUGUCAGCCACAUAGUUGCUGGCUGCUCGGUACAAGUGCUAAAUGAGUACACCCAUAGGCACAACCGGAUAGCUAGCUACCUGCACUGGUCAAUUCUAAGAGAGAUUGGCCUCCCUGCAUCUGAUCAGUGGUACGAGCAUCAGCCGGAAAAAGUCGUUGAAACAGAGACAAUCACUGUGAUGUACGACAUACCUGUUAACACAGAUCGGACCAUUGGAGCCAAUCGACCGGACAUCAUCUUCCACGACAAGGUCAAGAAAAGAUGUCUAUUGAUUGACGUGGCAGUGCCAAAUGAUGCGAAUGUAUCGUCCAAAGAAGCAGAAAAGAUUAGCAAAUACAAGGACCUGGAGAUCGAGAUUUCGCGCAUGUGGCACACUAAGACCCACGGAAAAAGUUUACCAAGCUAUCUAGUGUGUACAACUAUCGAACAGCUUGUUCGGCUUGACGGCGACAAUAGCGUGCUCCUCUGUCCUGUGCAGUGUCGAGUCACCGGCCGCUGUGUAGUGCUGAGUGAGGAUGAUUUAGAGCACUUGUGUCUUCGUGAUGUCACGAUGGCCCGCCAGUAUGACCUGGAGAGCCGUAAAUUAGACUUAGAGAUGUUUAAGGCAGAAAAUGAGCGGAUGCAUCUCAUGCACAGAGAGUCCUAA